AGUGAACAGUUACGAAAUAAUUGUUCGUUUGUUAUGUUUUAUAUGUUUGAGCCUGUAAAUUUUAUUUAGUACGACCCAUUUCAGGAAUAGUCCGUGCAAGGAAGGGGCUUACCGAACGCUUUUGAGCGAUCAUUGCUGAUACAGUUCACGAAACAAGUACAGAGUUCAACGAAAAUAAACCGAUUAAUUUAGCGAGAUGGAUCGUGAGUUUGUGGAUAUCAAUGAACCACUCAAUAUACAUUUGAUGAAGCCAACGGACAGUUGGAAUCACUUAACGAACGAAUACACCUAUUAUACCCACUAUGAUAAUGGAGCGUUGUACGCGUCACCAGAUAUGGGUUCAGCUAUGCAUUUAAACGACUAUAACGGAACAACUUAUCUAUCAAUGGCAGAUGAUGGUUACUAUCCGUAUAAUGCUACUACAUAUCCAGAAUACACAUCGUCUGGAUAUUGGACAAAAGAGGUCCAGUCACCAGACACAAGUAUACCAACCAAGGAGUACCGAAGUAUACAUACACUUCAAAAUACAACUGUAGGAAAUCUACCGGUAUAUACACUACAAUUUAGUGAUGAUAUGCAACAAACAAUGGAUAUAAACACAAACGACGAAAACAUUUCGUCUCAACCGGUUAUGCAUACCGAACAAGGUACGGUAGUAUCAGCCCAACAACUGCCAUUUCGGAAUGUAUUGUUACAUUCUGUUUUUCCGCUACCAUCACCAUCCACAUCGGAAUCGUCCAACUCGGAAUCAAAGUACCACUAUUUAGAGACAUUGUCGCCAAACAAUUCAUCACAGCAUGAUUAUGAGCAGCCUUUACCUUCAUUGGCAAAUUUCGCCAAUAUAAGUGAACAUAUAAGUGAACGCAACAAUAAUAACGUUCAUUCUGAAGCAAUUAAUUCUACUGCUUCUAACUCCGAUCCACCCACAGCUCCAACACCACCAUUGGAACCGUCUUCGAGCUCGCGAUCAAAGAGCAGUAGUAAAUCCGGAAAAUCUAUUAGACCGAGUGUGGUUCUACAUAGCGAAUACCAGUGCAAAAUAUGCAGCGGUUACUACAAAACAAGGUAUGGAUUGACGCAACAUAAAAAAAGUGUCCAUUCGGACUACAAAUAUAGAUGCCGAACGUGCGGUAAGCACUUCCCUACGGCAGAAAUACUUGACGAGCAUACUGUGAAACAUAGUCGCACUGACAAGCCGUGGAAGUGCAAAAAAUGUCCGAAAUCGUACAUAAACAAGAGUGAUAUGAUCCGUCAUUUGCAAACCCAUGAUCCUUCGACGAAACCCUACCAAUGCAGCAGAUGUGGAAUGAGAUUCGGUCGUGCUGAUCACAGAGAUCUACACCUGAAUAGCCACGCACGCCAAGACAGGAAACGCAAACGAGAGCGUCAGUUUCAAGGCGUAGACCACGAUGUCUCAGCUGGAGCAUAAAUGCAUCUGAUAAGCUGCCAAAUAUUGACCGUCCAACCGUAUCUUCUGUAUCGUUCUACUGCUAUUCCAUUGUUAGUGCUAUCAUUAUUGUAUUAAAUUAAAGUGCACUGCGAGCUCGUUUUCCGUUCGCGCUUUUCUAUCUCCAGAACCAUUGUUCUUCACGCGAUGUUAUUUGAAUGAUAUCUGAUGUUUUAAACUCGUUGUCCGUUGAAUGUGGAUAAACAAACUGACUUUAUUCGACAUUGA